CCCGGGAGCUGGUGCCGGGGGACCUGUGGGCGGCCAAGGCCUGGCUCAUCACGGCGCGGAGCCUCUACCCCGCCGACUUCAACAUACAAACUGCUGUGGCAAAUUGUGGGCAGUUUGGAGUGGAACGACUAACGUGAUUUGAUAUGAAGGACGAUGUGUAUUGAUAAAUGCAUUUGGGAAAGCUGAUGUUCUGUUCUUGCAUCCUGCAGUAUGAGAUGUACACUAUUGAGAGGAAUGCUGAAAGGACAGCAUCUGCAGGCAGGCUGCUCUACGACAUGUUUGUGAAUUUUCCAGACCAACCUGCUGUAUGGAGGGAGAUCAGUAUUAUUACAUCAGCAUUAAGGAAUGACUCCCAGGACAAGCAGACACAGUUUUUAAGAGGAUUAUUUGAGACCCUUCCUGGUCGGGUCCAGUGUGAAAUGCUCCUGAAAGCAACAGAGCAGUGCUUUAACACAUUAGAAAGGGCAGAAAUGCUCCUUCUACUUUUGCGGCGUUUCCCAGAGACUGUGGUGCAACAUGGGGUAGGCCUUGGAGAAACAUUAUUAGAUGCUGAAAAUAUUGAAGACCAAGAAUCUCCAGUGAAUUGUUUUAGAAAAUUAUUUGUUUGUGAUGUUCUUCCUCUGAUAAUUAACAACCCUGAUGUACGACUUCCUGCCAGCUUGUUAUAUAAAUAUCUGAAUAAAGCAGCAGAAUUUUAUAUUAAUUACGUAACUAGAUCUGCACAGACAGAAAGUCAAUAUCAAGGUUCACAAGAUUCCUCUGAUAUUAUGUCUCCAAGCAAGCGCAGUUCUCAGAAAUAUGUAAUAGAUGGCCUCACAGAGAAAUCAUCCCAGAUUACAGAUCCAUGGGAGAGGCUGUUUAAAAUAUUGUCUGUGGUGGGAAUGAGGUGUGAGUGGCAAAUGGAUAAGGGAAGAAGAAGUUACGGUGAUAUUUUGCAUCGAAUGAAAGAUCUCUGCAGAUACAUCAGUAACUUUGAUAGUGAAGCCCACAUUAAAUAUAAGAAUCAAGUAGUGUAUUCCACAAUGUUGGUCUUCUUUAAAAAUGCUUUUCAGUAUGUCAGCAACAUCCAACCAUCACUCUUUCAAGGUCCAAAUGCUCCAAACCAAACUCCACUGGUUCUUCUCGAGGAUGUACCCAACAUCUAUGGUGAUACAGAUAUUGAUCGUAACAAACACAUACACAAAAAAAGAAAACUUGCUGAAGGAAGAGAAAAAACAAUGCAGAGCUCAGAUGAUGAGGAUCCUUCUGGGAAAGCAAGAAGUCGCCAUAUUACAGUAAAUAAGGCUGAUCUUACAAACUCCAUUGAAGUAUUAGAGAGUUUCAAACUGGCAAGAGAGAGCUGGGAGCUGCUCUAUUCUCUGGAAUCACUUGACAAAGAGUUCACUAGAAUUUGUUUGUCAUGGAAGACAGAAACCUGGCUUUGGUUAAGAAUCUUUCUUACAGACAUGAUCAUUUACCAGGGGCAGUACAAAAAAGCAAUUAGCAGCCUACAUCACUUGGCAGCUCUUCAGGGCUCUCAUUCUCCCCAGCAAAUUACAGGACAAGGAUCUUUAGAAAGUCAGAGAGCACUAAUCCAGUUAGCAUCGUGCCACUUUGCCCUUGGAGAAUAUCGGCAAACAUGUGAAAAAGUGCUUGACCUCAUGUGCUGUAUUUUACUUCCAAUACAAGAAGGAGGUAAAGUACAAGAGGAGCAACCUAAAGUCAAGUCAAAAUUCAGGAAAGGGUCUGAUUUGAAGCUUUGGCCAUGUACCAGUAGAGCUAUCAUGCCUUACUGCCUUCAUUUGUUGUUAGCUUGUUUCAAGCUCAGAGCUUUCACAGACAACAGAGAUGAUAUGGCGCUUGGCCAUGUAGUUGUUCUGCUUCAGCAUGAGUGGCCGAGGGGUGAGAACUUGUUCCUGAAAGCCAUCAAUAAAAUCUGCCAGCAAGGAAACUUCCAGUAUGAGAAUUUUUUCAACUAUGUCACAAAUAUUGAUAUGUUGGAGGAAUUUGCUUAUUUAAGAACACAGGAAGGAGGGAAAAUUCAUCUGGAACUGCUGCCAAAUCAAGCAAUGUUGAUCAAGACCUCUAGCCCUCCCGUGGGGUUACUGCAGCAGGAAUUCAUACCUGUGCUACUGCCCAGCAUACAGACUGCUGACAGGCACCACACAGUUUACCCGGGGUAUAAACUAAAGGAGUGGAAGGAAGACUUCCGCCUGGCCAUGGAGCGCCAGGUCUCACGCUGUGGGGAAAAUCUCAUGGUGGUCUUGCAUAGGUUCUGCAUUAAUGAGAAAAUACUGCUGCUGCCAGACUCUUGCUUGAAAUGGACUGGAUCCUGAUGCAGUGUCUUUUAUGGAGAGAGGGGAAGGCUCUCCUUUGUAUGAACAAGUAGCAUAGCAGGGGAAAAUAUCUUGUUCAGAGGGUCAAGAAAUUCCCUGUAAGUUACAGUUCUGCAAUACACAAACACUACUCAGUGUUUGUUCACUGCUUGGUUUUCUUAUGUGAGUACUUUAUAAAUAAAACUUUGUUUCAGAAGUCUUUUUAA